AUGUCUACCUCAACGGUACAACCACAAGCACAAUCACCAUUUGCUAGGAGGGUAUCAUUCAACAAUUUAAGCCCCGAUUAUAUCGAGGAGGAUGCCUUAUCGGGGGCCUACACGAAAAGCAGUAACCAGACGGGAGAUAUACGGUUUAAAGAGAUCAAUUAUGGAAGUCCACCGGGACCUGGUUCGCUUUUUAAGGAUUUCCCUAAGAUCUAUGGUGGAGGGGACAAUUAUACCACCACGCGCAAACGAUAUCAUUUACCAGAUCCACCAUCGAAAUCUAUAUUGAAGAAUAAACUCAAUCCGUUACAGGCACAACGUAACCUAGAAAUCGGCGAGACAGCAGGAAUCAACUACCAUGAAGACUUGAACGAGAUCGCAAGAAGCGGGACUUCUGCGGUUUACGAUUCUGAUGAAGAGAUAGAUGAAGAUGGGAACAAGUAUGAGGAACAAGUAGAGCCUGCGAGGCGGAAAUCGUAUGUGGGUAUGACAGACGAAGAUUUGAUGGCGUUGGACCCGCAAUAUUCUACUACCAAAUCCAAAGUUUCUAAUGUUGAGCAGUUUCGUUUUGACUCGCAGAAAACUUACUACCUUCCGUCGUCUAGAAAAACAUCGACUAAUGUAGUUAGCAAAGCUACUUACCCUACGUCGAAUGAGAAUAACUACAAAUCGAUAAAUCUCACGGUUAAGCAUAACGAUUACGACCUGACAACGGCAAACAGAACAUUACUUACUGUCAUAUCUGGAAGAAAGCAUACGUGGAAUGCACUCGACUGGCUCUUAAUGAUAGGAAACAAGCAAGAACCAUCGUUUUUGAAUGAUGGGGAUUACUUGGUAGUCACCAGUUUCAUACCUGCUAAAUUCAUAAAAGAGCAGGAGAAGAAGAAAAAGCACACGGCUGAUGAAUUAUUGUUAGCAAAAUGUGAAAAUUUGCUAAACUAUAUAACUCGUGAAUUGCCUGUAGAUUUAAGAGUGAAGAUCACCGUGGAGUUCAUUACCGAUCAAGCUUCCGACGAGACGAGUAUAUCUACCAAAAACAGAACUGGGAUCAAGUAUAUGCUUGCUCACAUUUACAGACAAUAUCAGCCAAUGUUGGUUAUAAUCGGAAAUAAGUCCACUAACUUGAACUUUAAGUAUCCAUUAAGAAUGAAGCGUAAUUCGGAAUCGAAACCCAGUGGUGUAACUACGGGUAUUCCACGCUCUUCUCUCCCUAGUGACUUGAAAAGGCACUCACUUCCGUCUCCUAGUGCUUUCCAGAAAAAGAAGGUCGAUGACUAUAUGAUCAAAUUUAGUUCCUAUAUUAUUAAGUAUUCCACAGUCCCGGUGAUAGUAGUGGGAAAUGCAACUAAAUUUCAUCAAUUGCCCCGUAAUUCUCGCAAGAGCUCUGGGAUAUCUAUUUACACGUCCUCAAAUGAGUCAAUCGAAAGCUAUGGUGGAACUCCUACUGAAGAAAGAGCUUCCGAUUUAGAUUUAAAUUUGAAGGCAGAGGUCAAUAAUUUAUUAAAUUUGGAUAGCAUUGAUAAAUUCCAACAUAUUUUAUCAAUAAUUUCAGACAAGUCUUUAAAUGAGCUGAACAAUUAUCUCGAAGCUUUGAAGAGCAGGGAUCUGUCAUCAAGUGGGUUGAAAUUUGAUGAUUCCGUUGUCUUCAACAGCAAAAUGCAUUCUAUUUAUAAUUCACAGCUUAACAAUCAUAAUAAUCAUCAAAACAACGGAGAAAAGAUGUAUAAAGUGAAAUCUAUGAUAUCAUAUGACGAAGAAGAAGAAAUUAAAAAUGAUAAGAUAAGAAACAAUAAAAAAGAUAGGUCUUUGAAUUCGAUUAAUUCGACUAAAUCAGCAAAGGUAGACAAUAUAUCUCUUGGUAGCAAUGAAGAAGAUAAAAAACCUAGAAAAAAAUCGUUCUGGAAAAAAAUUGGGUUAAAGAAAUAA